AUGACACCGCCGAAAGCCGCUCGAGGCAGCGGUUGGAGCAAGCACGUCACCCCAAGUUGCUUGAAGGAGAAGCAGGCAGCGGGGGAAGGCGGGGAGGAUGACACGACAGGGGGGGUUCCAGUCGGUUGCUCCUCGGUGCUAUUCCAGGCUCCCUUGUUCACGGUGCUGGUGGUCGUGUGGGUUCUAUGCGGCGCAGUGAUAGCGGCAUGGCUGCUGUGUGAUCGGCACAAGCAGUACGAGAGGCGCAGGGGGGAGGCGCUGGGCGUGUGGUGCAAGGAGCGCGCCCUCAUGCUGCAGCAGCUCGUGCUGGCCCACGCGGUGCAGAUGCAGACUCUGGCGGGGCUGAUUUCUGUGAUGGGAACGCCAGGGCGGACGAGCAAGUGGGACAUGGGCGGGUGUUUGAACGGCAGCAUGUGGGUGUCUUAUCUCACUCGCACCGCUCAAACUCGCCCGGGGAACACUGGCGCGGUCGCGUGUGCGGUGGUGCACGACGCAGAGAGGGCGACCUUUGAGAAGCAAUAUGAGAGCAUCAGAGACAACACGCUGAUCGUCAGUGCCCGUCGCCCCAUCUACUGCGCCAAGGUCCUCGAGCUCACAACGCUAUGGGCCACCAACGGCCCCAGCAACAUCGACAUGUUUCAGCGAUUCUCCUGGGCCAUCCCGCUCGUGGAGCAGGGAAAGCACUUCUACACCUGGCCGUACCCCCUUGCCAACCCACUCACUCAUGCCGGAUUCGGUAUCGCGGUUCCUAUCCUCCGCAGCCUCCCCACUAACAACUCGAACCAGUCAACAGCAGAGGCAGGAGCAGUGUACGGGUCACUCGCUGCAUCCGUUGACGUGACUUACAUUGCCCAGAAGGUCCUAGAAGAACUAUAUGCACCUGGUGAGUAA